AUGGCGCUGUGGGUCCUUGUCCUUGCCGUGCUUUUCGUCGAGAGCGCAAUGUCGCAGCGGACCAUCGACGGCCUCUCGGAACAGGCGUUGCCGAGCCCGUCGGGCGUCGUCGGCCAGCCUUCUGACGGAGAGUCGGCGACUUCAGCGGUCCCUUUCCAGAAUGUCGCCGCGCCUGCAGGAACAUCGGAGAGCGGGGACGGUGCCGAUGGCGAAUCGGUAGACGAGCCGGCACCGAACGUGGAGGCCCUCGUGCAGGACACUAUAGACGCCGCGUAUAGAAAGGCGCUGCCCAUGGUGACCAAGUUCGGCUUUGACCCCGCUGUCUCGGGCGAGUGCUCGCAAAGCCUGCUCAAGAUGGCCCUGGCCUUCCGCCGCCUGGAACCGUGGGCGAUACGCAUGCUGGACGCCUCGGGCAAAGUGGCGUCGGGUCUGCUGAUGGGCACACUCGGAGACUUGGGCAACUUCGACGAGUGCCUCGCUACCACCGUAGAAAACAUGUACGGUGAGCAAGACUUCACCGGCCGUUUCUGCACCGUCUACAUGAACUUCAAGAACAACACCUUCGUCGUCAAAAUGGUGGCCAGGUUCCAGGAAAAGGGAUACCUCAGGGACUACAAGAACCCACUCAAUUGGAUUAAGAACAAGAUGGCCCACGGCGUCCGACAGUCGGCGUGCAUUCCUUCCACCUGUUCGGCAGAGGACCUUGCGUACAUCAUGAACACACUUGGCAAGAAAAUAGGAAUGAAGGCCCACGUACGCGGCUGCAAGGCUAAGGGUGAAACAAAGAUCCUCGGUUGGCAGGCUGGCAUACUGUACACCCUGGCUACUGUUGCGGUUCUGGUAGUGGCUGGCACAAUGGCUGAUGUUGCGUUACGGACUGUUCUCAAGAAAAAAAUGCACGGGAAAAGAAAAGGUCACCUGCGCAAUGUGGCAUUGGGUUUCUCGAUCAUUUCCAACACCGAGAAAUUGCUCAAGACAGACCCAAGCGACCCCGCUGACUCAAAGCUGAUGUUUGUGCACGGAAUUCGGUUCUACAGCUCAACAUGGGUGAUGCUAGGCCAUGCUUUUCUCAUCGCAGACCCAACAGCCACUGGGUCCUUAAUGAACGUCGUGGAUCUCGUGGAAGAUUUCAUGACCACACUUAUAGCGAACGCUUUCCCUUCAGUUGAAACAUUCCUAUUUAUCAGUGGCUUUCUGCUAUCGUACAACGUGCAAAAAUCGUUAAGGAAAAAAACGAGGCUUAUUUUUUGGGUACCGCUGAUUAUCCUUCGUCGCUACAUAAGGCUGACAGUGCCUGCCAUGUUUGUGGUAGGAGUCUGGCUCCUGCUACCACUUAUGGCUGAUGGUCCCGUGCUCAACGAUUACAAGGCCACGUUCCUGGACACCUGCCAACAAAGAUGGUGGACUGUCUUGCUGCACACUAACAAUUUCUCCCCUUUUCUUCAGAUGUGCCUGGGACACCUGUGGUACAUCAACAUAGACUUUCAGCUCUAUGUAGCCUUGCUGUUUAUCCCCCUGGUUAUGAUACGACGACCGUAUCUAGGAGCACUAUUGGCAGCCUUGCUGACGGUAGUGUCGUCCGCUUACACUGGUGUAGUAAGUUAUUUAAACAACUAUCAGCCCACUGUGAUCUUCACCCACACGGAUGUCAGUUACACCAUUGGAACUGCUAACCAAAUCUACUUCAAGCCAUUCGCUCACGUCGGCUCCUUCUGUAUCGGCGUUCUGCUGGGCUACUACAUCUACGUCGCCCCGAAGAUGAAGCUCUCUAAGCCUGUGCAGGCACUGUGCUGGUGCGCUGCGACCGCGUGCAACCUGGCCAUUGUGUUCGCGCCACACAAGUGGUACACGGACCACACGUACUCCAUCGAGCGACCCGAGUGCUUGCUCUUCGCCGCCCUCCAUCGUGUCGCCUGGACACUUGGCGUCGCCUGGCUUGUGCUCGCCUGCGCCACGGGCCGCGGAGGCAUCGUGAUGUCGUUGCUGUCGUGGCCAGCGCUGGUGCCCCUGAGCCGGCUGUCGUAUGGAGCGUUCCUGUCACACGUGGUCAUUUUGAUGGCGCAAGUGAUGACCAGCCGGGAGAGAGUCGCCUACACCUACAUUGUCAAGACGAUGAACUACCUGGCGGUGGUGAUGGCGUCGUACCUGUGUGCCUACCUGCUGUACCUGUUCUGCGAAGCUCCCGUGGCGACGCUUGAGCGUACGCUGCUGGGAGGCAUCGGAAACCCGCGCCGAGGCUCUCCUGUUGCCGCCUCAGGCCUGACCGUGGUGGUCCCCAAGGCGGUGGAUCAGCAUACCGGCUCCGGCCUCUGCGAAGUCCCGGCUAGCUUAGCCGCACCUACGACGAACGGUGCGGCCGAAGAGUGCACCCAGAGGAGUCAUCUCUGACCUGUUCGUCUCGCACCAGCUCUCAAACAUGCCAAAUAGGUGCAAAAGCUUAUCAAGCAGAACGCUGCGAGAGAGCGACAGGAGCGGCCA